AUGGGUAAGAAUAUUUUAAUGGAUUUUUUAAUUUGUGUUCUUUUGUUGUUUAAUAUUUUACAAAUUUGCGCAAGCCAAGUGGACAAAAAAAGCGCCGAUUACAAUGAGCCUCUGGAUGAUUCUGCCAUGAAUGGAAUGGAUAUCGCAGACCAGGAUAUGAGCACGAAUAAUAACGUUUCAAUGUGUGUGAGAAGACAGAAUACUCUGAUGCAUGAAAUCCAGACGGCUAGCCCGAAACAAUUCCCAUUUGUCGUAGCACUUAUGUCUCAAAGGAAUGAAUAUGUUUGCGCAGGAUCUAUUGUUGCGAAUGGCAUAAUUCUCACAUCCGGUCACUGCACUCAAUUGGCGAGCUAUGCUCUGGUAAAUACAACUUCUGAUAAAAAGGACGAAGCUACUAUACAGUUGCACGUGAUAAAAACUGAAAAUUUCCCAACCUAUACUGGGCCAGAUGCCGCUAAAAAUGUUGGAAUCCUAUUUACUGAAAAACACAAUAAUACUAUAGCUUCAAAAAUUCGCCUGAGCAAUGUUACAGACGGAAAGAAUUUAAAUGAAAUGGAAGCUAUAGGAUUUGGGUUAAACACUGAGGUUGGACAGCCAAAAACCUUGCAGGUUAUAGGAGUAGAACAAAGGUCAACUAGUGGCGAUGUAUUACUGGGUUUCUUUGAUUGCAUUGAAACCAAAGUGCCAACAUGUUUCAAAGAUUUAGGAGGGCCUGUAAUUUUUGAUAGUGAACUUAUUGGAGUGGUAACUAAAGGACAAAAUGAAUGCACUAAAGAAAUGACCACAUCAUACGCAAUAAACAAGCACAUUGUUGACGUUCUACCAAUCUAUACUUUCAAAGCAUGGCUUGACGACCAAAUUCUUAAAAACCAAGAGCAGGUUAAAGAACCUCUAGAAAUAUAUCCCUCGAAGCCGAUAUUCCGCGAAGCAGUACACGUGAUGACAAGUUCUGGAAAUGGAUUUAAAAUUAGCUUGUCGUUAUUUAUUAUUCAAAUUUUAUACAAAUUACUGUUGAUUUAUUAG